AUGGAGAGGCUGAAGAAGCUUGAUCACAGACGUAAGAAGAAGGCUACUUCGAGUGAAACAAUUGAAGAGGGGCACGAUGCAGGAAAAGGUCUGGAGCUUGAGCAAAUCGCCGCAGAUGAGAGACGAAACAAACCUCGACCCGACACUCAGAGAGACCGUCAAGAUGAGGAUGUGGACCGAGAUGAGGGAGAAAGAGAUGGUGGUGAUAACGGAGAGGAUGAAGUUGAAGAAAAUCAAGUAGAAUAUAUUGUAGAAAAUGGAUUAGACGUGGAAGAAGAGAACUGUGAAGAUUUAUCACAACAUUUUGGAGAUGUCGCGAGAGAAGAAGAGAAUGUAAGUGAUGGAGAGAGUGGUGAUGAUAUUUGGGAUGAUGAGAAGAUACCAGAUCCAUUAUCUUCCGACGAAGAUGAAGAGGAGGUAGAACGGAGAGAGUUGUUUUCCAAUAGUGUUGACAGUGAAGAGCUUUUGGCAUUGGGGAAGACAUUUGCUUGUGCAGCAGAUUUCAAGUUAGCAUUGUUAAGAUACUCUCUGAAGACCCGUUACGACAUUAAAAUGUACAAGUCUACAUCAAGGAAGAUGGGUGCGAGAUGCUCUGAUGUUGAGUCGGGUUGCCCUUGGAGGAUUUACUGUUCUUAUGAACCAAGGAGGCACAAGAUGCAAGUGAAAGUAUAUAUCAAUGAGCAUAAUUGUAUGAGAUCAGGCUACUCAAAGAUGCUUAAGGUAUCCUCAAUUGCUUGGCUGUUUGCGGAGAGGUUAAGGAUCAACAGGAAGUUUACGAAAAAGGAGAUGGCUGCAGAGGUCAAGAGAGAGUACAAUUUGAUUGUCACAGAGGAACAGUGUGCAAAAGCAAAGUCUAAGCUAUUCCGAGAGAGAAAAACAAGCCAUGAAGUGCAUUUCUCACGUAUAUGGGAUUAUGAAGCUGAGAUAAAAAGGUCAAAUCAGUAUACAACAAUGGUUAUUGAGACUAUUCCCGGUGCUACUCCAGGAAGCAAGCAAAUGUUUGACAGGUUAUAUGUUUGUUUCACAUCUCAGAGAGAAUCUUGGAUAGAAUCAUGUAGGCCUAUCAUAGGGCUAGAUGGUGCAUUCUUGAAGUGGGAUAUUAAAGGGCAUCUACUAGCCGCUGUAGGAAGAGAUGGAGAUAACAGGAUUGUGCCAAUUGCUUGGGCUGUUGUUGAGAUUGAAAAUAAUGGACUUGUGAAUGCUGUCAAGAAUGAGCUUCCUGAAGCUGAACACCGAAUGUGUUCAAGACAUAUCCUUGCAAACUGGAAAAGAGACAGUAAAGAUUCUGAAUUAGAGAGAUUAUUUUGGAAAAUAGCAGGAAGCUACACUCUAGGGGAUUAUCAAGAGCAUAUGGACACACUAAAAAAAUAUUGCUCAGGUGUUUAUAACUCCCUUCUGAAAACAAACCCCAAUACAUGGUCAAGAGCUUUUUUUAGAUUAGGAUCAAAUUGCAAUGACAACCUCAACAACCUUAGUGAGUCAUUCAACAAGACAAUUAGAGAAGCUAGAAAAAAACCAUUGUUGGAAAUGUUAGAGGAUAUAAGAAGGCAAUGCAUGGUUCGUAAUGCCAAAAGAGCUAUCCUUGCUUCACGUUGUAAGACUAAGUUCACAAAGAAAGUUCAUUUGGAGAUUGAACAGACUAAGGAAAAUGCAAAGGAUUGCAUUAGAUAUAUGGCAUGUGGGAAUGUUCAUGAAAUUGAUGAUGGAAGUGUCGCCUAUAGUGUUGAUAUGGAUUUGAAAACAUGCGGGUGUCUCAAGUGGCAGCUCAGAGGAAUUCCAUGUAUUCAUGCUUCAUGUGUGAUAACUGCAAAGAAGCUAAAGAUGGAAGAUUUUGUGUCCAAGUAUUACACAAGUGACAUGUGGAGAGUGACAUACUCGCGUGGUAUCAGGCCGGUGCAGGGAAUGAAAUUAUGGCCUAGGAUGAAUAGGCUACCAGUGUUGCCACCACCCUAUAGACUAGGUAAUCGUGGAAGACCAAGCAAUUAUGAUAGAAAAAAAGGAGCUAAUGAAUCUUCCAGUUCCUCAACAAGGCUUGGACGAGAAAAGCGUAAGAUGACUUGUUCUAAUUGCCUAAACACUGGUCACACCAAAACUACAUGUUCUAAUCCCACAGCUGAAAGAGAACCAAAAAGGCCAAGGGGUCGGCCAAGACUUCAAGAUGUGGGGGAAUUAACACAAGGUCUUUCACAAGAACAAACUCAAGCUUAA